AUGGCUCUAGGAGUGGCAAAUUCAUUAGUGUAUAAUCAUCUGAAAAUAAGAAUCGUGGCUCUGGAGGGCACCCUGGCCGAGACCCGGUCGCGUUACGCUACACAGCUAGCAAGCCUCCAGACCAUGGUCACAAACCUGGAGGCUCAGCUGUCCCAGCUCCACGCCAACAUCGCCACCACCAAGCAGGAGUACGACAUGCUGCUGGACCUCAAGACGCGGCUGGAGUUGGAGAUCGCGGAGUACAGGAGACUGCUGGAUGGGGAGGAUGAAAGCACAAGACAAGUGGUCACAAAGGUCAUCACAGUGGUGGAGACAGUUGUGGAUGGAAGGGUGGUCGGGAGCAGCAAGACCGUUGAUGUGGAUGUGGAUGAGAUCGAGUGAUAAAUUGGAAGCACUGGCAAAAAAAAUAUAAUAUUUGCCACAACAUG